GCUCUAGUUCAAAGAGGAUUUCCGAGACAUGAAAAAUGUGUAACACAUAUUCAGGCGAUGCAAAAAUGGAAUGAAAAAAUUCGGAGAGACAACAUGAAUUUGGCAGUAUCUACACUUGCAUGCAAAAGACCUUUGGAACAAAACAGAUACUAUGUAAAAAGUAUUGCAGAAAUUAUUCAAUUUAUUGCUGUAAACGAACUGGCACUUCGUGGAGAAUACAAUUUAGACGAACAUAUCGAAGAAAGUUUAUUUAUUAGACUAUUUCAGUAUACUCUGAAGAAGGAUAAAGAACUGGCAGACUGUUACUUGAAAAUCCCCAAAAAUGCUUGCUACACUUCUCCGGAAAUACAAAAUGAAGUAAUUGAUAUUCUGACAGAAAUUGUAAGAGAAAAUAUUUGCUCUGACAUAAAAAGUGGAGAUGUUAAAUAUUUUACGUUACUUGAAGAUGGAACUAAAGACAAGAACCAAAGAGAGAACAUAUCAAUAGGCAUAAGAUAUGUCAAGAACGGAGAGGUAAGGGAAUCUUUAUUAGCUAUAACAACAACCGUCAAGUUAGAUGCUGCUACAUUUACUGAGAAAACAUUAGACAUUCUUGAUGCAAAUGGAUUAGAUCAAAAUAAUAUGCUUAGCCAAUGCUACGAUGGGGCAAGUGUGAUGAGCGGAAAAAGAGGAGGCGUUGCCGCAAGAAUUGAAUCAGCUCUACAGAAAAAGGUACCUUACGUGCACUGUUUUAACCACAGACUGCACCUAGUGGUAAUAAGAGUUGUCUCUGAUAUUGUGGUUUUAAGACUGUUCUUUGAGCAAUGCAUUACAUUUCAUGAAUUUUUUCAACAUCCCAAAGUACACCACAUCUAUGAGGGACAAAAUAUCGGACGUCUUCUAGAGCAAAGAUGGACAGGUCAUUUGGCCGUUACAAAAGUAAUUCGGAACAAUUUUCAAAAGAUACUCCAAGCAUUAGAAAAAAUUCCACAUGAAAAGUUUGACGGCGACACUAUAGCUAAAAGCCUUGGUUUAUAUGCUAUAAUGAAAAAAAUUGAGUUUCGUUUUGCACUAGUUUUAAGCCACAAAAUUUUAUCACUUUUGGAAUGUGCGAACAACGCAUUAGAAAGUAGAAAAACAAGCCUAAAAGAUGCAAUCGUAAUUACGAAGAUAGCAGUAGAAGAAAUUCGACAGCUAAGGAACGAAUCGAAGUACUUAGAAAUAUUAAACCAAGCCCUAGAUUUAUUGCCAGAGACAGACGAGACAGAAGAAUGCAGGGUUCCUAAACGUAAACGAAAACGGAUUACCAAAGAAGACUAUUUGUUCACCGAUUAUCUUCCAAGUACAAGUACGAACUGUGAAAAUGACCUUAAACGACAAUAUAUGGAAACUAUUGAUUUGCUUCUUGCUGAAUUUGAAAAAAGAUUUGAUGACAAUGACGAGUUAAUUACUGCGAUUUCAAAUAUCGACCAAUUUGAUUUAGAGAAACUUCAGUAUUUAUCAACUUUGGGUAUUCCAUUACCGUCUCAAGAAGAACUUACCGUCGUAAAAAAAUAUUUGUCCAAUAAAGGGGUAAAAGAACAAGAUAUACUACAGGCCCUUUACAACCAACGUGAAGCCUUUAAUGAAAGUUAUAAAUUGUACGCAACUGUCGCUGUAUUUGGGUGUAGUACAGCAGUUAAUGAGUCUUCAUUUUCCACAUUAACUCGUAUAAACAGACCACAAAGGUAUUCAAUGUCCCAGCAGAGAAUGGCCAAUCUUGUAUACUUAGCUUUUGAAAGUAAGCAAACUAAUAAUAUAAACUUUGAUGUGUUCUUGCAGAAAUUUAAUGAGAGAAAGGACAGAAAACUCCAAUUGUAUUAAAAACUUAAAAAAGUUUUGUUUUAAAAUUAAAAAUGUUAUGUACUCAGCUAGAAGCAAUAAA